AUGCCAUCAUUUUUCUUUUUGAAGAUUGGAGCAGGACUGGAUCUUACAAGGCUGAAACGCUUUGAACGGCCGGCAAAUCGCUCGGUGCAAGGACCCGGAGGCUUUCUGGACAACCUGGCGGACUUCAUCACCACGGCCAUGGUCUUUGAGAAGAGGAUGAAGCGCGCGCCAACGAGUGAAGUGCCUUACAUACAUCACCUGUAUCCACUGUAUGCGGUCAGUUGGCUCAUCAUGCUCCGCUCAGUCUUCCGGGUUAUCGAGUAUGCGUUGGGGCAGAAGGGGUACCUUUUGGCGAAUGAGUGGCCGCUUUUCGUGUUUGACGCUGUGCCGAUGGUUUGCACGAUGGUUAUCUGGGGGUAUUGGCAUCCCGGAACGAUUCAGCAGGAAGUCCCGCGCGCGCAGUCGUUGAGUAUGGGACGUUAUCGGAGUAUUACAUAG